AUGCAAUACUACACCUUGCUUCUAGCCCUGGCGGCCUUCGGCUCAACUUUUGCGAGACCGACACAACCACAAAUCACCAACACCACAACUUUACCCACUCACUUCGGUCUGGUUGUGUUCCCACACUACCAGGCUCUCGACAUCUUCGGUCCUAUGGACCUUCUCAACACACUCUUCAUGUACUAUCAAAACUCUACCCUCGUGCCGCAGUUCUCAGUCCUCAGCAAGACCAUGGAUCCGGUAACCUCAGCCAUGAUGACUGGAGGCUUUGGUCAAGAGAUCAUGCCAACCACAACCUUCUCAGAUUACUUGGCAAGCCGCGGACAAGGUGUGGCUAAUCACACGGUCGUUGCGAAGAACAAGCGUCAAGGCCAUGGUGAUAUGCACAUGCCUCCUGCGACCGACAAGGGUGAUAUCGACGUUCUCAUCGUCCCUGGCGGUGGUGGUACCCGCAGGAAUAUGACUGAAGAGAUCAAUUUUGUCAAGCAAACUUAUCCAAAACUCAAAUACAUAGUCUCUGUCUGCACCGGCGCAACUAUCCUCUCCCGCGCAGGUAUACUCGACGGCCGUAAAGCAACAACGAACAAGGCAGCCUGGCCAUGGGCUGUCGCGCAGGGUCCUAACGUAGACUGGGUACCGACCGCGCGUUGGGUCGAAGACGGCAACAUCAUCUCAACUAGUGGGGUUUCGGCAGGCAUCGAUGGCAUGUAUGCGUUUGUUAGUAAGGUGUAUGGUGAGGACGUUGCCCAUUUCUUGAGUUUGGGUUUGGAGUACAAUCGUGAGAUAGAUGCUCACCAUGAUCCUUUUGGUAAGAUUUGGGACGUUCCGAAUGCUAGUUAG